AUGUCGGUCCCAGGAAGCUCCACCCUCCGCAAGAAGAGAAAGAUUGCCGUUCUCGGCUCUCGAUCCGUCGGCAAAUCAUCCUUGAUCGUCCGCUACGUCGAAGACGCCUUCGUCGACUCCUACUACCCCACCAUCGAGAACAUCUUCCAAAAGACCAUCACUCACAAGGGUCAAGAAUAUGACUGCGAUAUCAUCGACACUGCUGGUCAGGACGAAUACUCGAUCCUCAACUCCAAACACGCCAUUGGCAUCCACGGCUACAUGCUCGUCUACAGCAUCGCAUCCCGUAACAGCUUUGACAUGGUCCAGACCGUACACGACAAGAUCCUUAAUUACACAGGCACCGAGUCGGUCCCUUGCCUCAUUGUUGGCCAGAAGAGCGAUUUGCAUGUCCAAAGACAGGUCUCAGAGGCAGAGGGCAAGCAGUUGGCACAACAGCUCAAGGCGGCGUGGAUCGAGGUCAGCGCAAGACACAACGCAAACGUCGCAAAGGCAUUCGAGGCAAUGUUGGGCGAGACGGAUAAGGGUACACAGGAGGGCGGGCCAGAGCCACAACCGAGCAAGUGUCUGGUGAUGUAG